CCUGUACCAUGUGGCCUCGGUGAUCAUUCACAAAUUUCACACGUAGUAAGCAAUGAUGUAAGAAGUGACAUCUUGCUUACUACUCUUCAUGUGAUCACAGAUUGGUCAAUCAGUGAUCACAUGAUCAGGACCUCGCACAGAGGUCCCGUACAAUGAUCAGUGUUCCUGAGGACACAGCGGUAGCGCGCACAAGCAGGGAACGGGGAGGACAUUUAUAAACGGCCACCCACUGCUGCACUGCCACCGUCCGGCCGUUUAUAUACAAUGUUCCGGAUGGGAAGUGGUUAAU